GAGAGACAGAGCGGUCUCUCCCGAAAGCAAGAUUCCGUUUGAAAACUCUCCUAGCGCGGUGCCCGCGCCGUGACUCCGCAGGUAGGUCCGCCGAGCCUGUUCUGCGCCUCCUGCCCUGGUGGGGGCGGCCGCGGGGACUCGCAGAGCACUGGCACUGCGGGGGCGAUCAGAGGGCGCGGGCGGUUUCCCACCUGCUGCGGACCGCCGUGCGGGAGCCCCGAGAGCUCCGGCAGCUGGGUUAGGGCGCGACCCGCGCAGUGUGACUGGAAAUCUGGAGCUGGGGGCGCGCAGCAGGCGGUCUGGUGGUUCGGCAGGGGAGCCAAAUCCACCAGGGAAGGAAACAUCUGGUGGGGAGGCGGCGGCAGCUGCGCUCGGGAGGACGCCCCCUUAGCGCCCUCGGCUCCCUCCUUCCCGGGCCCGGACGGUGAGGAGAGGCCUGAGCGCGCGUAGGGGCCGCCCCACCUCCCGCGCCAGCUGCAGCGCGGGGUUGCCUUCCCACGCGCUCGGCCCAGGCCUCCGGGCCCCUAUCUCCUCCAAACUUUGUCGCUCCCCACAGGAACCAGCAAAGCGGGCCGGGGUGCGAGAGAGGCGUGGGCUUACAGCCCGGGUGGGGAGGCGGCCUCCGCGUCCGCCUGGUCUCUGGUGGCGCCAGCCCAGACCCAGCUCCGGCGCUGACAGUUACCCCGCCCCCAUCUGUCCCGCUCCCAGCCAACGCGGGUCCAAGCUGCAGCGGGACCCUCGGGACAACGCCACUCCGUUUUUCUUUUCUUCCGAGUUUCGUGGCUGUUUAAAGAAUUGGGUUUGGGGUUUGUGGCGUCUAAUUGUACGGACGAGAAGUGCAGGAAGCGACAAAGCUCUAGCCCUAGGAGCCAACCCGGAGGGAGGCGGAUGGCACCCUCACCCCUAGGGGCAUUCUGGCGCUUGGGUAGCGGGAAACUUCGCGGGAGCCCCGCGACACGUCCCAGGCGUCUUUUCUCCCAGGUCUAUUCCCAUUCCUCCGGAGAAGGGGACACAAUGGGGCUGGGGAUCUGGAGCAGGGGGCCUGCACCCUACAGGGACCAAGGCCUGUAGGACUCGUUUGAGCUGAGAGCGCCAACGGACAGACGUAGGCUGUGUGGCCUGCAUCUUGCUUAGGAAGCCGAGGGGCUCCUAGUCCGGCAGUGGAAACAGCGCGAAGCCGGAGGACUGCAGGUCCUGCCCCGGCCCAGAGUUCCCAGCAACCUCGUUUCUGAACCAGCCGAGGCCACGGAGAACUGCUGUACUGCAGCUCACGUAUGAACCCGGUCACCAUCGCCUUCACCCCGGGAGGAAGGCAGAUUCGUUUACUCCAGACCACCUCGACUGUGGGGUACCGCCCCCGGAGCCGGCUGGAGCCUAGCGGCAGGCGCAGCCACGCCCUCCCGCUGCGCUCAGAUUUCGACCUGGUAUUAGGUGAACUGAUUGGGGGUUAAUGAGAGCGACGCCCGGGGCAGCUAGUUCCCUCCCGGGCCCGGGCCCGACCCCCGCUCUCUGCCAGUGCAGCCUGCGCGCUCUGGCGUCCUGUCUUUUUUGUCUGCUAAAUUGUCGGUGCACUACCGACUCGGGACACCUAGCAUUUCCCAGUCAACGUUCGUGGAUCGGGCUCCACCUCCCUAGGACAAGAUUUUUUGGUGAGCAGAACGGAAAGUGCUUUUUUCCCGGGACCUGAUUCCCGAGGUUAGAUCUCCAUGGUCUGGGAUGGCUCGCCGCAGCCUCGACCGGUGCCCGCCGCAGCCGGGAGUCCAAGGCCAAAGUUUCUCCUACGUGGGGCACUAGUGAGGGGCGAGUGGGAUCACCCGGAUGCGAGUUUCUCCUGGGGCGGGGGUUGGUCCUCUGUUGUUCCCCUCACUUUCCUGUCCCUUUGCUCUCCCACCUCCUUUCUCUGGCCUCUGCUGUCCCCAAUCCCUCUGCUGCUGUCCUCCCGCCGCCCCACAGUUUUAUCUUGUGUUCUGUUCCCCCCUCCCCCCGGUCCUUUCACUCCAGUUGGUAGCUGGCUCUUGGAGGUCUUGGCUCCUUGCCCCUUCCGGGUCCUCGACCACUGGGCAUCCCCGGCCCCUAAACCGAUCCGCGUGUCCCCGCCCUCCCUCGCCAGCCGUAAAGCACAGCCAGGCAGGCAAUGAGUAGCUGAGUUGGGGUAACCCACCCGAUGGGAACUACAGCCCUCCAGGGAGUUUGAUUGCCGGAGCGAGCUUGGCUAGGAAAGGGGAGGAGCUGGGGGGCGUGGGCAGGGAGGAGGAAAGGGGCCUGAGCCAGGGCCCCGGGACAGGUUUUACCGCUGAGCUGUGUCAGUGGCGGCGGCGGCAACGACGGCGGGUUCGCGCCACCUGUCCAAGUGCCACCUGGUAAGCGCGGCGCAGCAGGGUCAAGCCCCUCCUCCCGUGGGCCCUCUGCGCGCCUCCCUGGCCCGCGCUCUCCCUCCGCCUGGGUGCCCAGUCCGCCGCACCGGAGAGUACUGACCCACGUCUCCACCCGAUUUUCUUUCCCUCUCAGGUCUCCUCCGGGCUGGGGCUGAGCAAGCCCUCGGAGUGACCGUGGGUGACAGCGGCUCCAGGGACUCUUGGGGCGCAGUGGGGAAAGUGCCGGACCACCAUGCCGCGCUCAUUUCUCGUCAAAAGCAAGAAGGCUCACAGCUACCACCAGCCGCGCUCCCCAGGACCAGACUAUUCCCUCCGUUUAGAGAAUGUACCGGCGCCUAGCCGAGCAGACAGCACUUCAAAUGCAGGCGGGGCGAAGGCGGAGCCCCGGGACCGUUUGUCCCCCGAAUCGCAGCUGACCGAAGCCCCAGACAGAGCCUCCGCAUCCCCAGACAGCUGCGAAGGCAGCGUCUGCGAACGGAGCUCGGAGUUUGAGGACUUCUGGAGGCCCCCGUCACCCUCCGCGUCUCCAGCCUCGGAGAAGUCAAUGUGCCCAUCGCUGGACGAAGCCCAGCCCUUCCCCCUGCCUUUCAAACCGUACUCAUGGAGCGGCCUGGCGGGUUCAGACCUGCGGCACCUGGUGCAGAGCUACCGACCGUGUGGGGCCCUGGAGCGCGGCGCUGGCCUGGGCCUCUUCUGUGAACCCGCCCCGGAGCCGGGCCACCCGGCCGCGCUGUACGGCCCGAAGCGGGCUGCCGGCGGCGCGGGGGCCGGGGCGCCAGGGAGCUGCAGCGCAGGGGCCGGUGCCACCGCUGGCCCUGGCCUAGGGCUCUACGGCGACUUCGGGUCUGCGGCAGCCGGGCUGUAUGAGAGGCCCACGGCAGCGGCGGGCUUGCUGUACCCCGAGCGUGGCCACGGGCUGCACGCAGACAAGGGCGCUGGCGUCAAGGUGGAGUCGGAGCUGCUGUGCACCCGCCUGCUGCUGGGCGGCGGCUCCUACAAGUGCAUCAAGUGCAGCAAGGUGUUCUCCACGCCGCACGGGCUCGAGGUGCACGUGCGCAGGUCCCACAGCGGUACCAGACCCUUUGCCUGCGAGAUGUGCGGCAAGACCUUCGGGCACGCGGUGAGCCUGGAGCAGCACAAAGCCGUGCACUCGCAGGAACGGAGCUUUGACUGUAAGAUCUGUGGGAAGAGCUUCAAGAGGUCAUCCACACUGUCCACACACCUGCUUAUCCACUCAGACACUCGGCCCUACCCCUGUCAGUACUGUGGCAAGAGGUUCCACCAGAAGUCAGACAUGAAGAAACACACUUUCAUCCACACUGGUGAGAAGCCUCACAAGUGCCAGGUGUGCGGCAAGGCAUUCAGCCAGAGCUCCAACCUCAUCACCCACAGCCGCAAACACACAGGCUUCAAGCCCUUCGGCUGCGACCUCUGUGGGAAGGGUUUCCAGAGGAAGGUGGACCUCCGAAGGCACCGGGAGACGCAGCACGGGCUCAAAUGAGCACCCUGGCUGGCUGCAAGCAGCAGCUACACAACACUACAGAGGGCAGCCUCCCUGCUUGCCACCACUCUGCUCCCUGCUUGCCUCCACUCCCUUCUGACUUUCCAGACCCCAGGUCCAGUCUGCAGAUCCUACCAGGUUGCUCCUCCUUUGCCUUACCUCCUGGAGCUGCCAGAAGAGAUGAGGUACCUUUUCAAAGUGCAGCCGAGAGUGAGAACCAAGUGACUCUCUAGGCUUCAGACACAAAUAGGCUCCUCUACACCUGAAGACAAAGGCAAAGUCAAAUGGGGACCAGAAUAAAUCUUAGACCCCACAGUCCUUCCCAUUUCCAGCCCUAAUCUACAGACAGGAAUGCCCUUCAGGUUUCUUCCCUCCCCCUCUUGACCUACCCCAGAUAUUUGUGUGGAAGAGGAGGAAUCACCGUUUACAAGGUGGACAAAUGCUAAUAUUUUUAUCUAGAAAGAAGAGUGAGUGUUAACUUUUAUUUUUUUCCUUCUGGGGGGUCUGUUGACUCCUUUCUUUUGGGUGCUGCCUAUAAAUCUUGGAGGAAUCAUUUCUCCUCCUCAAAAACUGAUUCAGAAACUGACUUGGGGAAGGAAUUUAGUACUUUGAAGUCAUGAGAUGCACCAUCGAGGCUACCCCCAAGAAGGAGCAGAAGAGAAGUUGGUAAUGAGAGGGGAUUAGAGGUCCUGCCUUCAGUAGGCCUGUGAAAGCCUCAUCACUGGAGGUAAAAGCACAAGCAAUGCCUGUGGACAAGAUGUCAUUCAUUCACUCAGCAAAUGUUCAUGGAUCACCGGCUACCAAGGUACCAGGCACCAUGCUAGGUAUUGGGGAAGAGAGACUGAAGUCACAAUCCCUGACUGCUCCUCAAAAGCUAACGGUUGCACCUCCAAGUGGCUGGGUCUGUUCUUACUCUUGGAGGGAAUUCUGAGAAGACAGCACAGAAUUGUAAACCUUCCCUUUUGACCCUUUUGGAUUUUAUCAGGUGUAAACAAAAAGCUGAACAGUUACUUCAAAGAUAUGUGUGUAUAUUCAGUUUUUUAUUGUUAAGCUGAUAUUUUAAAGAUUUCUGAGCUAGCAGGCAUGUGGGAAGGAAGGCUCUGUCUUCAACUCUUUGACCCUCCAAUGUGUACCAUAGAGGGGGGAAAGGUGGUAUUUUCACUUUGAUGAGGUUGGUAAAUGUUUUUAGAUCUUCUGGUAAGCAUUAUGUUUGUUAAUACAUAUUUAUUAGAGUGAUGUUUUAAGUUAAUAAAGUAUUAAGAGUAUUAAAGAUUGCCUUUCCUUUAGGCAGGGAAUUUGGGGAAGACCUUUGUUUUAGUCUGUAGAGGGAAAGCUGGCACUGAAGGAAACUGCAAUGGAGUAUAAAAGUGAAGCACACAAGCUAAUAUCCAGAAGAGUAAAAUCCGAUUGCUCGGGUUUCCAUAUACUUUCUCCUUUGCUGCUACACCUCAGAGAUACUUCUUUCAUCUUCUUUCAUAAGAGAAAAACUAGGAGGUGUACAAAACUAAGCUAUUACCUUGUAGAGCCCCUGAUGGUUCCACAGGCAUGUAAGUAAGCUUUUUCCUCUGAAAAUGUCAACAUAUUUUUUUAGGGGCCUGAAGGCUCCCAGAUGAAUAAAGAAAUCACAGGUCUUAGGUCUAGGUUUUAGUUUUAGUCACAGCUCUGUCACCAACACAUCAUGUGACUUGUGUAAAUCUUUUGACUUCCCCGAUACUGGUUUCCUUGAUCAAGUAAUACGGAGACAGCUCUGUCAUUCCUGUCCAACCCUGACUGCUUUGAUUCUGUGGAGACUGGAAAGGAAAAAAAGUGUGAGAUUGGUUAGCUGCCUCCCCUAAUGCAAGUCACAAAUCUAAAGGCCCGUGAGGAUCUGGGUUAUUUCUGGUUCUGUCCCACCUGUGGGAGUUUUUUGCAUAAGUCAAUCCUUUAAGAGAAUGAAACCAGAAUAAAAUCCUGGCCAAAAUCCCUACUACUAGUGCUUUAACACCUCCCAGCCAGACAUUCAGGGUAUGCAUGCCCCAUGGUGAGAACCAGCAGAUUGCCCAUUUCCAACUCAAAUUGAACUCACACAUAUAAUUGAGCACCCAGUAUGUGCUGGGCACUCUUCUAGGGGGUGGAGAUAUAGCAGUGAGGACAAUGUCUUACGAAGCUUUAUUUAUUCAUUGUUGAAUCCUCAGUUCCCAGAAUAGUGCCUGGCACACAGUAGGAGAUUAAUAAAUAUUUACUGAGAUGUUAAGUGAAUAAACAGAAAAUAAGCUCCUGCUUCAUCGUAGGGCCUGGCUCUGCUCUACAGCACAAAGGGAAGAGAGAUUGCUUGACAGCCUGGGAAACAAAUAGAAUCCACACGACUUUCUCUCCAGGUUGGCAGGGAAGAGGGGCUUGAAUGCUGCUUUUCUCUGGUCUCUCCAAAUCUCAGUCCUUGGCUGUCCUCACCUGAUUUCCAGCACCAUGUCUUUCCAUGUCAGUUUACUCUCAUUCAGAAUUUAAAUUUGUUUACUCUGUAAUGGAGUUUAAGAUAGUUUUUCAGAACUGAUGGAUGAUGAACAGUUGCAGCGUCCAGGAACCACUUCCUAGUGUCCUGGGAGACAAUCCUCCCAGUGAAUAAAAAUGACAAAAACAUCCUUCCCACAGAAGUCACCCUGUGUACUGGUUGGUUAUUUCCAACCUGGUUUGAAAAGUAAAGAAGUUGCACUGAGGGGUAAGUAGAACUGAUUGAAAUCUAGGUGCCUGUACUGUCCUGCUCUUCCCUUAUGACAUUUAGAACAUUUGGUCCAUUUUUGUUAUCCCUGUUUAUGCUCUAAGUGAGGAAUUGUAAUUUUGAUGUUAACUGUAUGCCUUUUUUUUUUAGGUAAAAAAUGUAUCUUGAUAUCCCCAGUUCAGAAUCAAAACAAAUUACUGUGCCUGUUACCGUGUGAAAUUUGAAGAUUGCAAAUAUCUCUCUUAGUGUUAUUACUUGACUCCAUUAAAAAUAGAUUGUGAAUAUUCCAUGUCACAUUAUUCAUGAGGCAGGCUGUAUGCCUUUUGUCUGCUGGAGUAACAGUAGAAAGGGUAACAAGAGACACCAGAGCACACCUUUGUUUCUUUCACUAAAUUUUUAAUAACACCUCCAGCUAGCCAGUUGGUGAAGCUCAGCUCUUGCAUAAAAGUGGAAAAGCACAGCUAUCUCUGAGAAGACCAGCUCUUUCAGCAGCUAAUUUGAGUUUGCGUUCAUCUACACCAGACGUGAUUAAAUUACCUAUCAAGUGUGCUGAGCUAUCAGGAUUCAGGCCAUGUAAAAGGUGAAUUUCAUCUGAUUGAUUUGAGACACGAAUGGAACAAUUGAGUUUUAAAAGCCCCGCCCUAAUUAAAGGGAUAGAAGAGUAUCACUCCCCGGCGACUUCUUGACUGCCAUUGCCCUUGAAAACUGGGUGGUGAUAGUGAUUUGACCCAAGUCACUUUGUUGUGUGCCUGUUUGUUCAACCUGAUCAUUUCACAGAAAGAAAUGAACUCAGAGGAAAACCUGAAAGGACUUCACUAUUUUUUACUGGGCAUUUCUAGAGCACUGUUUGUUUAAAUCUGUG